ACUUAAAAGAAGCGUCUCCACUGUCUUUAAGCAAAGGGGUAUCAGUACAAGAAGCCCUCAGUAUAAUUCGACAAAUCAAGAAUGAUAAAUUACCAUCUGCCAGUCUUACCUCAAUUAUCAAACGGGAGACGUAUUCGAUACCUACUUUUUGCAAUGGUAUUGAUAGACUGCUCGGAGGGAAAGGUGUCGCAUUAGGAAAAAUAGUGGAAUUCUGUGGAAUUCCCGGGAUUGGCAAAACACAGAUGGG